GACACUGGCAUCCGUGGCUGACACGGAGACUGCCCCCGCGAGCCUCAGACUUAAAUUGCUACAGUGGUUUCCACUUGCAGACCGACAGCGCACCGGAAGCCCUUCUCUGACAGCUGCCGCGCAGAAGACAUCCAAGGGGUCCAUGCAUUCUUCUUUCCUGGGCAGCGAAACCGAUCACGCGGUUGCCCGAUGAGAGAAAGGGAAAAUUAAGGAUGCUGGAGCAGAACAAUGGAUUUCUCUUUCUCUUUCAUGCAAGGGAUCAUGGGAAACACAAUUCAGCAACCACCUCAACUCAUUGACUCCGCUAACAUCCGUCAGGAGGAUGCCUUUGAUAACAACAGUGACAUUGUUGAAGAUGGUGGCCAGACACCGUAUGAAGCUACCCUGCAGCAAGGCUUUCAGUACCCAUCUACAACAGAAGAUCUUCCGCCACUCACUAAUGGCUAUCCACCGUCUAUUAGCAUGUAUGAAACUCAAACCAAAUACCAAUCAUAUAACCAGUACCCCAAUGGGUCAGCCAAUGGCUUCGGUGCCGUUAGAAACUUUAGCCCCACUGACUAUUACCACACAGAAAUUCCAAACACACGACCACAUGAGAUUCUGGAAAAACCUUCCCCUCCACAGCCACCACCUCCCCCCUUGGUACCACAGACUGUGAUUCCAAAGAAGACUGGCUCACCUGAAAUUAAACUAAAAAUAACCAAAACUAUCCAGAAUGGCAGGGAAUUGUUUGAGUCUUCCCUUUGUGGAGACCUUUUAAAUGAAGUACAGGCAAGUGAGCACACAAAGUCAAAACAUGAAAGCAGGAAAGAAAAGAGGAAAAAAAGUAACAAGCAUGACUCAUCUAGAUCUGAAGAGCGCAAGUCACACAAAAUCCCCAAAUUAGAACCAGAGGAACAAAAUACACCAAAUGAGAGGGUCGAUGUUGUAUCAGAAAAACCAAGAGAAGAACCAGUACUAAAAGAGGAAGCCCCGGUUCAGCCAACAUUACCUUCUAUUCCAACAACAGAAGUGUCCACUGGUAUUAAGUUCCAGGUUGGCGAUCUUGUUUGGUCUAAGGUGGGAACUUAUCCUUGGUGGCCUUGCAUGGUUUCAAGUGAUCCCCAGCUUGAGGUUCAUACCAAGAUUAACACAAGAGGUGCCCGAGAAUACCAUGUCCAGUUUUUUAGCAACCAGCCAGAGCGAGCAUGGGUUCAUGAAAAACGGGUACGGGAGUAUAAAGGUCAUAAGCAGUAUGAAGAAUUACUGGCUGAGGCAACCAAACAGGCCAGCAAUCACUCGGAGAAACAAAAGAUUCGGAAACCCAGACCUCAGAGAGAACGCGCUCAGUGGGACAUCGGCAUCGCCCAUGCAGAGAAAGCAUUGAAAAUGACUCGAGAGGAAAGAAUAGAACAGUACACUUUUAUCUACAUUGACAAACAGCCCGAGGAGGCCUUAUCUCAAGCAAAAAAGAAUGUUGCCUCCAAAGCUGAAGUUAAAAAAACCCGGAGACCAAGAUCAGUGCUGAACACUCAGCCGGAACAGACCAAUGCUGGGGAGGUGGCCUCCUCACUGUCAAGUACUGAACUUCGGAGACAUAGCCAGAGGCGGCAUACAGGUGUGGAAGAAGAAGAACCACCACCUGUUAAAAUAGCCUGGAAAACAGCAGCAGCCAGGAAAUCCUUACCAGCUUCCAUUACAAUGCACAAAGGAAGCCUGGAUCUGCAGAAGUGUAACAUGUCUCCUGUUGUGAAAAUUGAACAAGUAUUUGCUCUUCAGAAUGCCACAGGAGAUGGGAAAUUUAUCGAUCAGUUUGUUUAUUCAACAAAGGGAAUUGGUAACAAAACGGAAAUAAGUGUCAGGGGACAAGACAGGCUUAUAAUUUCUACAUCACACCAGAGAAAUGAAAAAGCAACUCAGAAUAUAUCAUCUCCUGAAACAACAUCUGGUCCGACAGGCUCAAUAGAAAAGAAGCAACAGAGAAGAUCAAUUAGAACUCGUUCUGAAUCAGAGAAAUCCACUGAGGUUGUGCCAAAGAAGAAGAUCAAAAAGGAGCAGGUUGAGACCGUUCCCCAGGCUACUGUUAAGACUGGAUUACAGAAAGGUGCCAGCGAGAUUUCAGAUUCCUGUAAACCUCUAAAGAAAAGGAGCCGUGCCUCCACAGACUUAGAAAUGACUAAUUCGGCAUACAGAGACACGUCUGACUCCGAUUCUAGAGGACUGAGUGAUCUGCAGGUAAGCUUUGGAAAGCAAGUAGAUAGCCCUUCGGCUGCUGCAGAUGCAGAUGUUUCUGAUGUGCAGUCCAUGGAUUCAAAUUUGUCAAGAAGAGGAAUUGGAAUGAGUAAAAAGGACACCGUAUGUCAGAGCUGUGAAAGCACGGGGGACUCUCUGAUUGCUUGUGAGGGAGACUGCUGCAAACACUUUCACCUGGAGUGCCUGGGACUGACAUCACCACCUGAAGGAAAAUUCAUCUGCGUGGAAUGUAAAACUGGGCAGCACCUCUGCUUUUCAUGUCAAGGGUCUGGUACAGAUGUGAAGCGUUGUUCUGUUAGUGCCUGUGGGAAAUAUUAUCAUGAAACCUGUGUCCGCAAAUUCCCCACUGCUGUCUUUGAAUCAAAAGGAUUCCGUUGUCCCCAGCACUGCUGCUCUGCCUGCUUCAUGGAGAAAGAUAUCCACAAAGCAAGCAAAGGCCGCAUGAUGAAGUGUUUACGAUGUCCAGUUGCCUAUCACUUAGGAGAUGCUUGCAUUGCUGCUGGGAGCAAAUUGGUGUCCCCCUGCUCUUUCAUCUGUAGUAAUCAUUCCCAGCGGAGCAGUAAUUCUUCUGCUGCUGUAAAUGUAGGCUUUUGUUUCGUUUGUGCAAGAGGGCUGAUAGUUCAGGACCAUUCAGACCCCAUGUUCAGUUCAUAUGCCUAUAAGUCCCACUACCUACUGAAUGAAUCAAAUCGUGCAGAGUUGAUGAAAUUACCUAUGAUUCCUUCUUCGUCAACUUCCAAAAAGAAAUAUGAGAAAGGUGGAAGAUUGCUCUGCUGUGAAUCGUGCCCAGCUUCCUUCCACCCAGAGUGCCUGAACAUAGACAUGCCAGAAGGCUGCUGGAACUGUAAUGACUGUAAAGCUGGCAAGAAGCUACAUUACAAGCAGAUUGUGUGGGUCAAAUUGGGAAAUUACAGAUGGUGGCCAGCAGAGAUCUGCAACCCCAAGUCUGUGCCACAGAACAUCCAGGGCCUUAAACAUGACCUAGGGGACUUCCCUGUGUUCUUCUUUGGUUCUCAUGAUUACUACUGGGUCCACCAGGGGAGAGUCUUCCCUUAUGUGGAAGGAGAUAAAAGUUUUGCCGAGGGACAGACUAGUAUUAACAAGACAUUCAAAAAAGCACUGGAAGAAGCGGCAAAACGUUUCCAGGAAUUGAAAGCACAAAGAGAAAGUAAAGAAGCACUUGAAAUGGAAAAAAAUUCAAGAAAACCCCCUCCUUACAAACACAUCAAAGCUAACAAAGUUAUAGGAAAGGUACAGAUCCAGGUUGCUGACCUGUCAGAGAUUCCCCGCUGUACCUGCAAGCCAGCUGACGAAAACCCUUGUGGCUUGGAAUCUGAGUGCCUGAACCGAAUGCUACAGUAUGAGUGCCACCCCCAAGUGUGCCCUGCUGGAGAGCGCUGCCAGAACCAGUGCUUCACAAAGAGGCUCUACCCUGACUCGGAAAUCAUCAAAACAGAGCGAAGAGGCUGGGGCCUCAGGACCAAAAGGAGCAUUAAGAAGGGUGAAUUUGUGAAUGAAUAUGUUGGCGAAUUAAUUGAUGAAGAAGAGUGCAGAUUGCGAAUUAAGCGAGCCCACGAGAACAGUGUCACUAAUUUUUAUAUGUUAACUGUUACCAAGGACCGUAUAAUUGAUGCUGGCCCCAAAGGCAAUUAUUCUCGCUUUAUGAACCACAGUUGUAACCCAAACUGUGAGACCCAGAAGUGGACCGUGAAUGGAGACGUUCGAGUUGGACUCUUUGCUCUCUGUGAUAUCCCAGCAGGGAUGGAGUUAACAUUCAAUUAUAACCUGGACUGUCUGGGCAAUGGCCGAACGGAGUGUCAUUGCGGGGCAGCUAACUGCAGUGGUUUCCUUGGAGUGCGGCCAAAGACAACGUGUGCGUCAACAACUGAAGAGAAGGCAAAAAAUGCUAAGUUAAAGCAGAAGAGACGAAAACUCAGGACAGAACCAAAGCCGAUGCAUGAAGAUUACUGUUUUCAAUGUGGAGAUGGUGGAGAGCUGGUCAUGUGUGACAAAAAAGACUGUCCCAAAGCAUACCACCUCCUAUGCCUUAACCUGACUCAGCCCCCAUACGGGAAGUGGGAAUGCCCGUGGCAUCAGUGUGACGAGUGCAGCAGUGUGGCGGUUUCGUUCUGUGAGUUCUGUCCACGUUCCUUUUGUAAAGAUCAUGGAAGAGGAGCUCUAGUUCCCUCUGCCCUGGAAGGCCGUCUCUGCUGCUCUGAGCACGACCCCACCGCUCCUGUGUCACCUGAGUACUGGAGCAAGAUAAAAUGCAAAUUGGAACCACGAGAUCACAGAGAAGAUGUAAAAGAAUAAAUGAGUGGUGUCCCUCCUUUUUGUUGUUCAAAUGGAAGAAAAAGAAAAAGUAAGCAGAUCAUGCCAUUGAAAAAGAAGAGACUGCUCAGUGUAGAGUCCAGACAGCCCUUGCCAUCUGGAUUGCGUUGUUAGCAUGAAAAUGGGGGACAGUUCAUGCAGGCAGAUGCGACUGGUGGUGUCUGACUUGUUUAGUGUCCUCGGUUUGGGGUUCUUUUGUGGAGGGUUCAGCUCUCUCUCUCUCUCUCUCUUGCCCUUUAUCAUGUGCUUCAAUGCCUUUGCAGUCAGAAAAAAAGAAGUCAACAUUUAAAGUAAGAAAAUAGAGAAAAGAAAAUUGUGUUAAUGGGAUAAGUUUAAAAUCUAAGAAAUGUUCCUUACAUACAUAUAUAUGCAUGUAUAUGCAUAUAUAUAGCCAUUAUUCCUCUAUUUAUUUUCAUUUUUAGAGAUUUUGAGAAGCAUAGUUCAAAUGGUCGUGUGUGUGUGUGUGUGUGUGUGUGUGUGUGUGUGUGUGUGUGUGUGUUAGGGUUGGAGAAGACCCUCCUCUAGAAAAGGGUCAGGUGAUCUUUAUAUACCUCCACUGAGCAGUAGGUAGGCUAACUCCUUUUUCCCCUUAAGAAUGUUUUUCAUAGUCUUAGAGAAGGGCUCUCUGCAAGUAUUGAAUCUGGCCUCUUAGAAAACAAAAUGCCUCAGUGGGUUUUUCCUCUGUGGCCUUAAAAUAAUGGACUGUGUGAUUUAAUAACUUUACCUUAAAAGGUCUAUAGUGUCGAUUUUUGUAUGUUUUUUGUUUGGAAGGAAAAAAGAACUGGAUGUGCUGUGGGUUUUGAAAUGUUUUCCAUGAAUUGGGUGUUUGAUGAAUGCACUCAUGCGGGUGUGCACCCAGCUAGGGGGCUGUGGUCAUUCUCGUUACCCUGAUUCACGGAUGAAAGCAGCUAAAGGAGAUGAAGGGCUCAGGCCAAAAGUGGGGUCAGAGAGCACUGUUUUCUGUCCAGUUUAAUGUAGGCCCUGGUCUGACUGAUGGGCAUUUUAUUAUCUGUCUGUCUCUGCUUCCUUCUCCUAUUCGAACAUUCCUUUUUCAUCUGACCAUUCAAUCAUGUUUCCUGGUAAAAACUCCGCCAGUGAAUUUCUAUUAUAUUUGAAUAGCUCUUUUUGGCAGGGCUCCUAGUAGUAGGGGUGAAAUGGGUAGGGACAUCCCCAACUUGCAUGUAAACCGUUUUGAUGUAGUAUUAUCCUAUACUUAAAUCCCCCAUUGAGUGAGGGGAAGCACUUCAACCUCUACAGGGUGUGUACGAGCAACAAAACACUUCAUCUUCGCAAGCACUUGGGGAAAGUUCCCAAGAACGUCAGUGUUAGCCCAAGUGCUGGUCAGGAAUGCUUGAAUCCUUUAGCUGCAAGUAUGCUGAGAUGUCUGCCCACAAGACUCACUUGCUUUUAGUACAUAGGAAUACAUAUAUUCCAGUAUUCCUUGUAUGACAUAAUUCGUUCAGACAGACAUUGUUGUAACACUGUACUAAGUAGAACUCUAGGGUUAGCUUGAAUGAGCGUUAACUUUCUCUGUGAAUUUUGACUGCUUACAGUUGCUGGUACUUGGUAGCAUUUAUUUUCCCUCAAGGCCUACAGACCUAGUAACCUUCUGAAGGUGGGUGGUGGGGUGGGUGGAUGGUUUUCCUGGGCCUUAUUCCUUGUGUGUUUCUUUUUCUUACCAAUUUAGAGCUCUUUUUGGGGUGGGGGGAGAGGGGAAGCUGUAUUGUGCCUCUAUUCUUUUGUUGUAUGUAAAUGUGCAAUUAUACUGGGUUCUCUCUUUUUAAAAGCAAAACAAAGCAAAAACACUACAGUUCCUUUACUCAAGCUCCUAAACUGCCAUUUGCCUGAUUCCAGCAAUUAACUCUGAGGUGAAUCAUUGAGCCUCCUAUCAUUAUCUUAAUUAGAUAUGGCCCCAGAAGGAAGAGCAAAACGGAAAGUGCUAUACAUGUUACCAAAUAUAGUAACUACCAGUAACGUGACAUACAGCUCACCAAAACACUAAUCUUUGCUUUUGAGCAAUUAUGUUGUUUGUCCUUCUUAAAUUAAUUUUAAAAGAUCAAGGUUUUACCAUCCUAAAACUUUAUAUAUAUAUAUAUAUAUGGUCAGUGUUUGCUUUUAUAAACUUACUAACAUGAAGGGUUUCCUGUGAUAUUCCAAAUAGAAAUCCUGUUGAAACAGAGUUCAACAAGAAAUCUUGUCGCCUUGCACUGUUUUGGACUUAGCACUCUUUGGGUGGUGAGCCAGGGUCUAGUCUAUGUACUGCAGGUACCGUAGGGUUAAGUAUAUUUAUGCAGCCUCCUCGUCGUGUCACAUGUCUUUUUCUUGUUUGGUAUGUCAUUUCAGUAACAGGGUAGUAACAGUCAUUGCUCUGAAGUCAUCAAUGAGGGGAAGGGUCUUUAUUGGGCUAAAAAGUCCUUUUAAUGAUACCAAUGCCAAGAAGCUCUCAGCACCCCUCCCUGCUGUGAUCUGCCCGGUGUGAUUUUAAGUCUCGGGUUCUGGAAGCAGUGGGACCUGGGUGCAUUUCUGUGUACACAUGUGCUGGGCACUCUGCUCGCUGGGUGACUAAGAAAUGCUCCCAAAGCAUGUGGCCUCCUCAUAGUCUAGGGUUAAUAUUUGUUAACUUUUAAAUCUGUAUGUGGUCAGAGCACAAGUGGUUGGUUUUUAUUCUUGUCCAAAUGUGAAAUGAAUAAAGCAGCAUGGGAUCAUG